AAAUCACAAUUCACAUUGUCAUUUCUGCUGUGUAAUAAAAAUAGAGAUUAGGGUAAUAUUCUGUAGGUACAUUUAGUUUAUUUUUAAUAUAAAUAAAUGAACUGAUAGCUUCUAAUUAAGUAUAUAAGUUAUUUAUGCAGUGUUGAAAAUAAGUAAGAUGCGUCUUGCACUAUUUUCCAUAGUGCUUCUUGCUAGUGGUCUAUGUCUAGCACAUGCUUAUGAAGACACCACGCUGGAAGACGAUGAUUUCGCUGAGUUUGAGCAGUUUGAUGCUGAUGAUGAUACACCAAUUGUCGAUUUAAAUGAAGAUGAUGUUCCAGUCAAGCCAAAGAUAGUUUCUAAAGAACCUGUAGUUUCCAAUGAUGAGAUAGAGGAUGAUAUGGUUGUAGAGGAUGAGGAUAAUGAAUUUGAACACUUCCAAGAUCCGGAAGAGUUUGAAGGUUUCCAAGACAGCAUUCCUAAAACCUCUGAACAACCUAAGAUCACAAUAUCCAAGGUUCCUGUGGUAGUUAGGCCAAGAUGGGAUGCCUAUUGGCUUGAAGGCAUUCUCUGCUGUAUGUUGGCUGCAUAUGCACUAGCAUAUGCCGUGGGACGUGCUAAGAACACCUCUAUCGCUACCAAUUUCCUGAAACUGCAUAAACCACUGCUUGAUGAUAAUUUUACUCUAGUCGGUGAGACAGGUCUAGAUGUAGUAGCGGCUAGCGACGAGCGCGGGUGGCGCCGGGAGGCGGAGCACUGCUUCACCAUGUGGUGCAGCGGCCGACAGUGCUGCGAGGGGAUGCUGCUCACACUUAAGCUUAUCAAGAGGCAAGAUCUAGUCCACGUCCUGUUGGGUGUGGUCCGUCCCAGUCCGGACACGUUGCACAUACGAGUGGAGCUCGGCAAAGACGACAGCGACCCGUUCGUGCUGUGUAUCGCGCAGAAGAAGGUGGGCACACGACUCGCUAAGGAGAUGCAGGAUUUGAGCAUGUUCUGCCCGGAGCGGCGGCCGGGCGACAAGCACGGUCUGCCCGGCAGCAUGUGCGUGAUGUCCGAGUGCGCGGAGGCGACUGGCGCGCUACUGGACUCGCGCGUGCUCGCCGCGCUCGAGCGGUACCACAAGCACGUGCAGUUCAUACACGUGUCGGAUAAGUACUGCGGGCCGAAGCAGAUGGAAGAGACAACAGUGACCAAACCGCCGGACACAGAGAAGGUGAUGCUUAUCAGCCUCGCGCUCGGUCCAGAUGGAGGUGGUGAGGAAGUUAGACCCUUGCUGCUCCUGGUCUUCUAUCUGUUGGAUAAGAUUAAGCGGCUGCAUUUGAGCAAGGAGGCACUAGCAAAAUGCGAGAAGCGUCGUCAGAAGGCCACCGAGAUAUGGAUGCGCGGCGCACACGCGGCAAGACAAGAAUUGGCUGCACAGAAGAAAGAAGAAAAGAGAAAGCAAGAGAAGGAGAGGAUUAUGGCGGAAAACGAUCCAGAGAAACAACGCCGCUGGGAGUUGAAGGAGCAGAAGCGUCAGGCCAAACGCAAGGCGCCGAAAAUGAAGCAACUUAAAGUGAAAGCAAUGUAAACUUACCUCAGAGCAAUAAAUUCAAUACAUAUUAUUUACAGCGAUUUUGUUAAUUUAUAUCUAAGU